AUUGAAGAGAGAGGGGGAGAGAAGGUGGUAAAUAAAUUAGGAAAAUUGGUAUUAGGGGUUUAGGUUUUCGACCUUUUCCGUCCAAGACCCGCAAUUUUGACUGUUCUCUCUUCUCUCUCUCCUGGAAAUCCUUUCUCAUGGCGAAUCGAACAGACCCUCUGGCGAAGAGCAUAAGGGGUACGAACCCGCAAAAUUUGGUGGAAAAGAUUUUGAGGACCAAGAUAUAUCAGAAUACAUACUGGAAGGAGCAAUGCUUCGGUCUGACGGCCGAGACGCUCGUCGACAAGGCCAUGGAGCUGGACCACCUCGGCGGCACUCACGGCGGCAACAGAAAGCCAACCCCUUUCAUGUGCCUUGUUAUGAAGAUGCUCCAGAUUCAGCCUGACAAAGAAAUUGUUGUCGAAUUCAUCAAGAAUCCCGAGUAUAAAUAUGUCCGAGUGCUUGGAGCCUUUUAUCUGCGACUUACAGGGACAGACAUUGAUGUGUAUCGUUACCUGGAACCUUUGUACAACGAUUACCGAAAGCUGAGGCAGAAGCUAAAUGAUGGAAAAUUCACAUUGACACAUGUUGAUGAGUUUAUCGAUGAGCUUUUGACAAAAGAUUAUUCUUGUGAUAUUGCUUUGCCACGAAUCAAGAAAAGAUGGACACUUGAAGCUAUUGGUUCACUAGAACCUCGAAGAAGUGCUCUUGAAGAUGAUUUUGAGGAGGAGGAAGAAAAAGAUGAAGAUGACCAACUUGCAGAUGGAUUAGAUUCUGGGGGCAAUGACAAGGAUUACUACCGAGCACGAAGUCCAACUAGGGAAAAAGAUCGAGAUAGGAAACGAGAUAGUCACAGAUAUAGGGAUCGAGAUUAUGACAGAGAUAGAGAUUACGACAGGGAUUAUGAUAGGGAUCGUGGCAGAGGACGUGAUAGAGAUAGGGACCGCGACAGGGAAAAAGAUAGGGAUCGACAUCGCCUAAGAGACGAUAAGGAUUACGGCCGUGAGAGAGACCGGGAGAGGGAUAGAGAAGGGAGGGAGCGUGAUAGACGAGAUAGGGACCGUGGGAGGAGGAGGAGCCAUUCAAGGAGCCGAAGCAGAAGCAGAGAUCGCAGGGAUCGCGAUGGUGAUGAUCGUCGCAGAAGGCAUCGCACCAGUACUAGUCCUAAAAGGCGUGGAGAGGAGCCUGAGGAUAUUCGUGAUGAGCCGAAGAAGAAGAAAGAGAAGAAGGCAAAGAAGGAUGAUGGAACAGAUCAUCCAGAUCCUGAGAUUGCAGAACAAAACAGGCUCAGGGCAUCUCUGGGACUGAAGCCUCUCAAGUUGUAAGAAUCCUUACGAUGCAAUUGCUGGCUUUACCAGCAAUUUCUUGUAAUUUGGGCAACAGAAAAUUUAGCCUGAUUCCAAAUAGGUAGCUUCAGUUCACCCAAUGCAGGACUAAACUACUGUCUUGGACAUAAUUAGUGUGAAGUUACAUACGAUGUGAGUCUCUCCACUUCUUUUUAUGAAGUUUCUUGUCAGAAGAAAAUCUGUACAUUGAAUGUUGAAAGUUAUACCCGUUUCUGUAAUGGUUUGCCCUUUUGUUUUUGA